UGUUUUGACAGACAGCUGUGGCGUAGGAGAGAGAGGUGAGAGAUCCGUUUACCCUCUUACACAACAGCUCGCUGUACAGAUUGCUGGACACCAGCUUACUCACACUGGUUUUUACUCAGGUGAGUCAACACAAAGAAAGAAAAGGAAACCAAUAUAACUUGAUGAAAAAGACGACCGAUAGGAGAUGUGUGCUGCUGUGUAUGUCCUGUCGACGGUAACGGGCUACGUGCUCACCUCUGCCCUGCUGCUCAAAUGCCCAAAUCUAUUGCACCGGAAGAAGCAAGAGACUUUUUGCAGCAGGCACAUUUCCCAUCGCGGAGGAGCCGGUGAAAACCUGGAAAACACCAUGGCAGCUUUCAAGCACGCCGUGGAUGUUGGCACAGACAUGCUGGAGUUGGACUGCCACCUGACGAAAGAUGAAGAGGUAGUGGUGUCACAUGAUGCCAGCUUGCAGAGGGCCUCUGGCAUCAACGCCCACAUCUCCAACAUGUGCUACACUGAGCUCCCUCCAUACCUCCGCAAGCUGGGUGUAUCCUUUCGGAGAGAGUGUUUCUGUGAGGGGGGAGAGGACAAACGCAUCCCUCUUCUCAGGGACGUUUUUGAUGCAUUUCCCAAUACCCCCGUCAACAUUGACAUCAAGGUCAACAACGACAUGCUCAUCAAGAAGGUCUCUGAACUGGUGGUUAAGUACGACAGAGAGCAUCUGACGGUCUGGGGCAACGCCAGCAACAAGAUUGUAAAGAAGUGUUACAAAGAGAACCCGCGUAUUCCAGUGAUGUUCAGCCUUCCCAGAGUCUUGCAGCUGUUAGGCCUCUUCUACACCGGCCUUCUGCCUUUCGUUCCCCUCAAGGAGCAGUUUCUGGAGAUCCCCAUGCCCUCUAUUAUCACCAAAGUAAAGGAUCCCAACAGAUUAACAAGGAGUCAGCGGAUCAUCACCUGGCUGGCAGACACUUUGCUGAUGAGGAAAGCUCUGUUUGAUCAUUUAACUGCCAGGGGAAUACAGGUGUACAUCUGGGUUCUGAACGACGAGGAAGACUUCCAGAGGGCAUUUGACUUGGGAGCCACAGGAGUUAUGACAGAUUUCCCUUCCAGGCUGAAAGUCUUCUUGGACAGGAAUGGUAUUCCUAAGCCCCAGUGACCUGCCAAAAUCUACCUCACCCUUCAACCUGACUGACCUGCACAACCAAAAACCUCUGUACUUUCACUCACAUAGAAUACUCUUAAAGGACACACACACACACAGGUUCUUUGUUGCACACAUGACACUGUCAGAGUUCAGUAUGUAACCACACGAUCUUUUCAAAAAGGUGGUAAACUCAAAAUUCAGAGCGCAUCUAUUGAGGGAUAGAUCGAGCCACAUGGCUCUCACGGCGUCUGGGUACUUUGAUAACUGGCAGUCUCACUAUUUUUGCUUCAUG